AUGGGAAGGGUGCAGUGUCCCCAGAGGACAACAGUUACCAGAUCUCUCUCUGCAGGGGAUUGGCCGGAGCUGCGGCUGGUGGGUGGCUCUGGCCGGUGCUCAGGACGCGUGGAGAUUCUCCACCAGAGCGCUUGGGGCACCGUGUGUGACGACCUGUGGGACCUGAACGAAGCUGAGGUUGUGUGCCGGCAGCUUGGGUGUGGUCGAGCCAUGUCUGCCCUUGGAAAGGCCCACUUUGGCCCCGGCUCAGGAGAUAUCUUCCUGGACAACCUCCAGUGCACUGGUGUGGAGCGCUACCUGGGCCAGUGUGCCCACUCAGGCUGGUCAGAGCACAACUGUGGGCACCACGAGGAUGCCAGUGUCAUCUGCUCAGGUAUCUUCUCCCCUCUAAUAUGGGCACUGCCAGUCCCAGAGUCUUUUGGGAACUCACAUGCUGUGUCUUUGUCUGCAGAGGACUGGCUGGAGCUGCGGCUGGUGGACGGCUCAGGCCGGUGCUUGGGGCGCGUGGAGAUUCUCCACCAGGGUGCCUGGGGCACUGUGUGCGACGACCUGUGGGACCUCAGUGAAGCUGAGGUUGUGUGCCGGCAGCUGGGGUGUGGGCAGGCUGUUUCUGGCCCUGGCAAGGCCCACUUUGGCCCAGGCACAGGAGACAUCUUCUUGGACAAUCUCCAGUGCUCUGGGGUAGAGCACAACCUGGGCCAGUGUGUCCACUUGGGCUGGUCAGAGCACAACUGUGGCCACCAUGAGGAUGCCAGUGUCAUCUGCUCAGAUACCGAAGACCUACCUCCACCCACACCAUCAGGAGGAAGUAACUCUUGUGGAGGGGUCACUUCUAGUCUCUCUGGCUCAUUUUCUAGUCCACAGUAUCCAGAAAACUACCCAACAGACAUCCAGUGUGUUUGGGAGAUCCACGUGGAUACAAAAUUUCGCAUAGAACUCAUAAUUCCAAGUUUGAAGAUUAUACAGUCCAAAGAUAGAUGUCUUUGUCAUCUCCAUUAG